AUGCCACCCACCUUCCUCCCUCUAUUUCUCUCUCUCUCUCUCUCUCUCUCUCUCAUACACAUUCUAUCACUUCUUUCUUUCUUUCACGCACACAUACACACACACUGUUACUUCUCUCCCUUAUUUCUCUCUCCCUGUCUCUCCAGCACACAUCUAGAUCCCACAUACAGAUACUAUUGCAGGCUUCUUUCUCUCGUACACACCUUCUCUCUCAUACCUGUCUGUCACUUUCUCUCACGGACGCAAACUCUCUUUUACUUUAUCACUCAUUGUCUCUCAUGUCUCUCUAUAAAUCUAUCUAUCUAUCUCACAAAUAUGAAUUCUUGUCUUUUGUCUAUCGCCCACUUUCACACUAACUCUCUCUCUCUCUCUCUCUCUUACACUUAUUCUCUCUCUCUCUCUCUCUCUUUCAUUUUCUCACAAAUAUUGUUUCCCACUUGUCUCUUUCUCUUUCUGACACACCCAAAACACACACUUUUCUCUUUCACACUCACUUCUCUCUCUCACACACAAUCAUUCUCACACUCAAUUCUAUCACUGUCUCUCACUCACAGAUUCACCCUCCCAAUAUACUCACCCUCAACAGAGAGUAUUAUGCGAAUUUCUUUUUAG